AAACUGCUAUUUGUUUAAAAAAAAUAAUAAUAAAUAAACAAAUAAAAUUAUUUAAAAUUUAUUUAGAUAUUUUUUUCUAAACACGAAAAUCUAGUUAAAAUGUUGAACACAUAAACAAAAAGAACUUGUUAUCUCUGACAAAUACGCUUGGACUUAUGGACUUUCUGGAAUGAUAAAGAUAUUUGUAUUAUACACAGGCUUGAAAACGCACAUAUUUAGUUAAUGUAAACAAACUGCACAAGCAAGUAUACCUAAAAUGUUACUGAAAAUACGUCACGCUUUAUUGGAGGUGACGAACCAUCCUAAUGCCAAACAAUCUGCAAUUAUUAUCAACAAUGAAGUUAUCAUUACAUCAGGCUGUAUAUUACAACCCUACAUCAGACCCAUACUACCAUUUGUGGCCGAUCAUACUAAUGAAAAUGUCUGCGCCAGCACAAAAAUCAUACACAAACUGCAACAGUGUAAAUUGGUCAAUGCUCAGGAUGGUCAAAGUGAGGAGGCUCAGCAUUUAAACUCGCUUAGUUAUCAGGUUACUUUUGAUCGCCGUAAGUUACCAGCUGCUGUUACGGAACGAAAUGCCAAUGUUCCGCAUAUAUUGACCAGAUAUCGAGCGAAACUUUUAUACGUUUUUAGCUCACAAGAAAUAUCUAGAAAUUUGCAUAAAAUGUUAAAUUCCAUAAGCUUUAACAAUACAUCAACUAAAGAUCACAAUGAAGUGCUAUUGACUUCAUUUUUAAUAUUAACUAUGCGUCCGGCUAAAUCUAUUGAUUCCCCUGAACGUUUUGAAAAAUUUUUAGAACAUAUAGCACAUUAUUUGAGAUAUAAAUAUCCCAUUAGACCUUUGGAUGAUGUUUUGACCAUGUGUACACCUUUUGGUAUGGAAAAUUUUUAUAAAACUAUUAGUAUUGGCAAGGUUUCCAAUGUUAUUGGCAAAGAUGGUUCCCUAUUUGUGUUGUCAAACAAUUUGCCUUUGGGAUGUGAGGGCUCAGCGGUGUUUAAUAAUAAAUUGCGUUUAAUUGGUCUCAUCAUUUCCACGGCUUUUCAGCGUAAUAACGAAAAUCUACAAAUGACUAUGGCAGCUAAUUUUGCACAUUUACUAAGAGAUUUUAUGAAUCAAUUAGGCAUAAAAAUCACCACUAUUAUGCUGCCCAGAGAACCGUCCAAUUUUGCCUGGGAACGUACAAUGGUAGUUAUAGAAGCUGCUGGUAGCCAGGGAACUGGUACUUUAGUUAAAGUACAGAAUAAGAAAUUCAUAUUGACUUGCUCGCAUGUAGUCUUUCAGGUUAACUCAAAAGUAGCCUGUCGCGGUGUAGACGGCGAAUUUGAAGCCGAUGUUCUUUGGCGUAAUCCUCACUAUGAUACUGCCUUCGAUGUGGCUCUACUCUCAGCACCCACCAACAUUCCUGAACGCUAUUGCGUACGUUUGGCCCAAUCAAAACCGAGCUUGGGUCAAACUGUUUAUAAUGCUGGCUUUCCUUAUUUUGUUAAUUUCAAUUUAAAAUACGAUUUCAAUCCUUCAAUAUUUCAAGGUCGCAUUAUUAAAUAUACACCAGCUGCUAUAAUGUCCGAUGGCUGUGUACAGGCUGGCCAGAGUGGUGGUCCCAUGUUUGACGAACACGGCUGUAUAAUGGGCAUAUGUGUGUCAAAUAUUAAAAUGGAUAAUGUGGUUUAUCCGAAUAUAAAUAGUGCAGUACCUAUAAUAUCAAUACGUUCCAUUUUGGAGGAUUAUGCUAAAACAAAUGAUCUACGUAUUUUAAAUAAUUUAGUAGCUAAUCAAGAUAUUCAGCGUGUUUGGUCGUUGGCUCCUCCUCCCAUAAUUAGUAAAUUAUAAAAUGCUAAUUAUCGGGUGUUUUUUUUUUUUGUUAUUAACAAUAAUUAUACAUGUUUAUUAUAUACAUAUACAAUUCUAUUUUACAUUUUACAUAUAAAUUAUUAUAUAUUUAAGAUAAAUAAACAUUUAUACGCACAUA